AUGAACGUCAAAAACAUGCUUGGAUGGAGACCCUUGGAUUUGGCAUGCGUUGGUGGCCAUUUAGAGGUAGUCAAGGUACUUGUUGCGGCAAAACGUGCUGAUGUCAACGUCCAACACAGAUGGCUUCGAACGACAGUAUUGGAUUUGGCAUGUGGUUACGGUCAUUUGGAGGUAGCCAAGUUACUUGUCGAGAAAGGUGCCGACGUCCGUGCCAAUGGACCGGCACGAUUAUAUGGUGC